UAAAUAAAGUACACAAAUAAACUAUAUUGUAAUUACUUUUAGAAAUUUUGUGAAAAUGAAGAUGAAAAGUAAAAAAAUGUUUCGUGUUGUAUACAAUUGCAACAACAUUUAGUUUUUGUUAGUAGUAGAAAAGUACAAUACAUAAUUUCUAAAUUUAGUUUAAACUUUGAACUGUAAUUGUAUUUAUAUAAUCAUGUUACGAAGAUACAUCCAUCAUGCUUCCGUUAUGUGUAGUACUAAAAAACAAGGAAUGAAAUUGUGUAAAAUGCUUAAUCCGAAAAAUAGCCGACGAUGGCUUCCAUCAGAAUCCAUGGGUAUCAGUGCAUUACCAACAGUGAAAAGCUUGACAAAAGUAAAAUAUGAGCCUGAUAAUCGUGGUGUUAGAAGACUAGCAAUGUUGAAUAAAUUAUUUAUGAAGUAUAUCACUGAUAUUAUGUCCACUGGCACAAUUUCUAUAAAUAUUGUUGGUCAUGGAAUAGAAAUAUCAAAGGUUAGAGUUGCUCCCGAUUUUAAAACAGUAAAUGUUUAUUGGUUAUGCAAAGGGAAUCAGUCAGAUGAUGAAACAGAGGCUUUGUUAAAUAGAUCUGCAGGACCCUUGCGACAGGAAUUAUCAACACUCCGCUUAAUGGGGGAAGUACCUUACAUUUGUUUUGUCAAAGAUAAGCAAGAGGCACAGUUAGUGGAUUUAGAUCGGCGCUUAGCUUUAGCCGAUUAUGGUGAGGAUUACACACCAACAGAAAUAGGACAUCUGUUGAAGUCGGAGUUCAUGUUGAAUAUGAAGUUAUCACCGGAAGUUAAGGCAAAAAUAAAACAAUUGGAAGAGGAACAUACAACAUUACAAAAUAAUGCAAUAGAAGAUGACCCAAUACCAGAAAUGACUAACAAUGUGUACGGUCUUGAUCAUAACAAAAUUAUGGCCAGGUUAUUAGCAUCGCGAAAGAAGUCUAAGGAAGCUUGGGCGAACUUAGAGUCGGAGUCACCGGUGAUCUCAUAUAGAGCGACAGAGGUUGCGCCUAUGAAGAUAGAUGUAAGGGAACAAAAGAGAGAAAUAGCGGAGUUCCUCAUGCAGCGUCAGAUCCUGCAGAAAAAGCUUCAUAGAGAGAGGCGGAGUAAAGAAGUGAUCAACCACGAACAUGAGGAUGUCACGAACGAGCACGUGGAAGAUAUAGAUGAAUACUGUGACGAUUAUAAAGACGAAUAUGAAUUGGAAACUAUUAACGGAUACGUUAAACAAUAAUCAGUUAAAAACUGCUGUGUUUUGUGUUACAAGUAGGGUUGCCACCUUUUAUUAGAAAAAAUAGAGUAUAUCUGAUUUCAAAUGAUUGUGAAACUGACGUGGCAGUGGGCAGGGCACAUAGUUCGACGGACGGAUGGCCGUUGGGACAGUAAAGUCCUCGAAUGGCGACCACGUACCGGAAGACGCAGUGUUAGUAGGCCCCCAUCUGAUUUCAAAGUAGGUAAAUAAAGAGUACGGACUUCCAAAAAAGAGUACUCAUCAUUUAUUUUUAAAUAUAAUAUUAUUAUAAAAAUUAAAUGUGUUUUUAUAGUAAACAUUGUGUAAAAAAGAGUAUUUAAGCAUACUCUAUUAGUAUCAUUGAUUACAGAGUACGCCUACAUGGUAUAGAGUACAUACAAUCUAUUUUAGAAUACGGUUGGCAACCCUAGUUACUAGUACUAACCUGAUAAUGUGUUUGAUGAAUAUAUUACAUAAUAUAGUAAUGUAGAGCUGUGAUGUACAAAUUAGUUGUCUUUAUAGAAAAUUAAAAGCUGUAGGUAUCAUAGUGUGUUUGACAGAGUAAUAUAGGUAUAGUUACAUAUCAGUGAAAAAUAUUGGGAAAUGUUUGUAAUUAAUUAUUAAAAUGAGUUUUAAAUAUUUCUUCGGACAUUAUUACUUUUAUUUGUUUCCAUCGGCUUUAUCCACGAUUCAUUGGUGUUGAUACCGACUAGUUUCGAAUAAUUUGGAGGUCCUUCCUUACGUCAAGAUGAAUGAAGUAGUUGAGAAUUUAAUUACUAACAGAAACGACAAGGUAUGGAAAAUGCAAGUAAGGCUGUUCAGCUUCAAGAAGUGAAGAUGGGCACGGAAUCUGAACACUCACACCGAUGAAGGACCUCCGAAUACUCCAGAAUUUAAGAGCUCCUUAGCUUAAGUAAAGAAAAUCUGUAUUAAAUUAUAGAUUAUUAUUAUUAUUAUAGACAUACAUACAAAUAA